AGGCCUAUUUCACUAAGGCUUGCUGUUUACCUGGCCUCCCAAAAAGAUGGAUAGAAGAAACGACUAUGGUUAUAGGAUACCCGCGUUCCAGGGCCCUCUGCCUCCCCCUGGGAGCCUGGGGCUUCCCUUCUCUCCAGAUGUAAAGACUGAGACCACAGAAGAGGACAGUGUCUUGCUGAUGCAUACCCUGUUGGCAGCAACCAAGGAUCCACCUAUUGUCAACCGGCCUAAGAAAAGCAAGACCAAGAAGACCCCUAUUAAGGCUAUUACCAAGGCCACACCUGCUGCCCCUCCAGUUCCAUCUGCCAAUGAGAUUGCGACCAACAAGUCUAAAAUAACCUUGCAGGCUUUAAACCUACCAUUCCUUACUCAGAUGAACCAGCCUUCAGCUACCACUGAGGCAGCCAAUAUUCAGACUUUUUCAGUUACUUCUCAGCCUAAGAAACCCAACAAAACAAAGAGAGUUAGUUCCAAGGCAUCUCACGGCUCCCAGUCCCCAAAUGGCAGUGAGGGUGUCAUUACACAGCUCAAGGCACCCUUGCAGGCCCUGAACCUACCAGUCACCUCACAGACUAUCCAGGCUCCAGUUGCCAGUGAGUCAGCCAGUUCCCUGGCCUUGAUAGCCUCCACCAAGCCCAAGAAAGUUUCCAAGGCUAAGAAGGCUGCCAGUAAGGCCAUUGCUUGUGCCACUGAGAUCUCACUGGUUUCAACUGCCACCCACAUAGCUACUAACCAAGGCCAAACUGCCAACGAGACAGCCAAUAACCAGGCCACAGCAGCCUCCAUCCGAACCAAGAAAUCUUCCAAAACCAAGAAGACAACUGCUAAGGUCACAAAUACUGAUGUUGAGCAUCUAGAGUCCCCAAAUACCAUGGAGGCAGCUAGCAGACAGACUGAGGUCUCAGCAGCUCUCCGGUCCAAAAAACCCAAGGGCAAGAAGGUUGCCAAUAAGGGCUCAAAUUCUGCCAAUGAGAUCUCUGAGGCCCCAUCUGCUAUUCAAAUGGUCACAAACCAUGCCCUUUCCGUCACCGUUCGGAUCAGGAGAGGGUCCAGGGCUCGAAAGGCUGCCACCAAGGCUCGGGCAACUGAAAACCAGACCCAAAUUGCUGACCAAGGGGCCCAGGGCAAGAUAGCUACCUCUCAGACAAGCAUAAGUGCCCUUGAGACUCAGGUUGCUGCUGCUGUCCAGGCCUUGGCAGAUGACUAUCUGGCUCAGUUGAGUUUGGAACCCACAACUAGGACCCGGGGCAAGAGGAACCGAAAGUCUAAGCACACAAAUGGGGAAGAGAGAAGUGGCAGUAAUUACAGGCGGAUCCCUUGGGGCCAGAGGCCUUCACCACCCCGAGAUGUGGCCAUUUUGCAAGAAAGGGCAAAUAAGUUGGUGAAAUACCUGUUGGUUAAGGACCAGACAAAGAUCCCCAUCAAGCGCUCAGACAUGCUGAAGGAUGUCAUCCAAGAAUAUGAUGAAUAUUUUCCAGAGAUCAUUGAACGAGCAAGCUACGCUCUGGAGAAGAUGUUCCGAGUCAAUCUGAAGGAAAUUGAUAAGCAAAGUAGCUUGUAUAUUCUUAUCAGCACUCAGGAGUCCUCUGCAGGCAUACUGGGAACGACCAAGGACACACCAAAGCUGGGUCUCCUUAUGGUGAUUCUGAGUGUCAUUUUUAUGAAUGGCAACAAGGCCAGUGAGGCUGUCAUCUGGGAGGUGCUGCGCAAGUUGGGGCUGCACCCUGGGGUGAGGCAUUCGCUUUUUGGGGAAGUGAGGAAGCUUAUCACAGACGAGUUUGUGAAACAGAAGUAUCUGGAAUACAAGAGGGUCCCUAACAGCAGACCACCUGAAUAUGAGUUCUUCUGGGGUCUGCGCUCUUAUCAUGAGACUAGCAAGAUGAAAGUCCUCAAGUUUGCAUGCAAGGUUCAGAAGAAAGACCCCAAGGAUUGGGCUGCUCAGUACCGGGAGGCAGUGGAGAUGGAAGUCCAAGCUGCAGCUGUGGCUGUGGCUGAGGCUGAGGCCAGGGCUGAGGCAAGAGCCCAGAUGGGGAUUGGAGAGGAAGCUGUGGCUGGGCCCUGGAAUUGGGAUGACAUGGAUAUUGACUGCCUAACAAGGGAAGAGUUAGGUGAUGAUGCUCAGGCCUGGAGCAGAUUUUCAUUUGAAAUUGAGGCCAGAGCCCAAGAAAAUGCAGAUGCCAACACCAAUGUUGACUUCAGUCAAGGAGCUAGCACUAGGGGUAGCUUUGGUGAUACUACUACUAUUAGCUUCAGUGGUGCCUCCAGCCCAAGUGGGGGAUUUGGUGGUGGAGCUGGCAUUACCUUCGGUGGUGCGUCCAGCACCAGUGCCAGCUUCAGCAGUGCAGCCAGCAUAAGCUUUGGUGGUGCACCCAAUACCAGUGCCAGCUUCAGCAGCGCAGCCAGUAUUAGCUUCGGUGGUGCACCCAGCACUAGCAGUAGUUUCAGUGGUGGAGCCAGCAUUACCUUUGGUGGCACACCCAGUACUAGUGCCAGCUUCUGUAGCACAGCCAGCAUUAGCUUUGGUGGAGCACCCAGCACUGUCACUAGUUUCAGUGGUGGAACCAGCAUUAGCUUUGGUGGUACACCUAGCACUAACACUAGUUUCAGCAGCACAGCCAGCAUUAGCUUUGGUGGUGCACCCAGCACUAGUACUAGCUUCAGUGGUGGGGCCAGCAUUAGCUUUGGUGGAGCACCCAGCACUAGCAGUAGUUUCAGCAGUGCAACCAGCAUUAGCUUUGGUGGUGCACCCAGCACCAGCAGUAGUUUCAGUGGCGGCACCAGUAUUAGUUUUGGUGGUGCACCUUGUACCAGUGCCAGUUUCAGUGAUGGAGCUAACUAUGGCUUUGGAGGCACACUCAGCAGCACCACAGCUGGCUUUAGUGGUGUACUUAGCACUAGCCCCAGCUUUGGCAGUGCACCUACCACUAGCACUGUCUUCAGUGGCGCACUCAGCACCACCACUGGCUUUGGAGGCACACUUAGCACCAGUGUCUGCUUUGGCGGUUCUCCCAGCUCUGGUGCUAGCUUUGGUGGCACACUCAGUACCAGUAUCUGCUUUGGUGGCUCUCCUAGCAGCAGCACUGGUUUUGGUGGUACACUCAGCACCAGUGUCUCCUUUGGUGCCUCUUCUAGCACCAAUUCUGACUUUGGCGGUACACUCAGCACCAGUGUCUGCUUUGGUGGCUCUCCUAGCCCCAGUGCCAGCUUUGGUGGUGCACUCAGUAGCAGUGCUGGCUUUGGUGGUACCAUCAGCACUAGUGCCGGCUUUGGUGGUGCUGUCAGCACCAGUACUGGGUUUGGUGGUGCACUGAACAGCAGUACUGGCUUUGGUGGCGCCAUUAGCACAAGUUCCAGCUUUGGUAGUACACUUAAUAGUGGUACCAGCUUUGGUGGUGCUGUUAGCACCAAUACUGGCUUUGGUGGAGCACUUAACAGUAGCACUGGCUUUGGUGGUGCCAUCAGCACCAGUACCGGCUUUGGCGGACCACUCAACACUAGUGCUGGCUUUGGUGGAACACUCCAUGCCAGUGCUGGCUUUGGUGGUGCUGUCAGCACCAGUGCUAAUUUUGGUGGUGUACCCAGCACCAACCCUGACUUUGGUGGUGCAUUUAGUACCAGUGCUGGCUUCAGUGGGGCACUUAGUACCACUACUGAAUUUGGUGGUACUCCUAGCAACAGUAUUAGCUUUGGUAGUGUUCCUAGCACCAGUGUCAGCUUUGGUGGUGCUCAUAGCACUAGUCUCUGUUUUGGUGGAUCACCCAGCUCUAGCCUCUGUUUUGGCAGUGCAUCAAACACCAACCUGUGCUUUGGUAGCUCUCCCAGCACCAGUGCCUGCUUUAGUGGUGCUACCAGUGCCAGUUUUAGUGAUGGACCCAGCACCAGUGCUGGUUUCAGCUUUGGCAAUGGGUUAAGCACCAGUACUGGAUUUGGAGGAGGAGUGAGUACCAGUGCUGGGUUUGGCAGUGGCCUAGGCACCAGUACUGGCUUCAGUGGCAGCCUAGGCACCAGUGCUGGCUUCGAUGGUGGCCUAGGCACCAGUGCUGGCUUCGGUGGCGGACUAAGCACCAGCUCUGACUUUGGUGGUGCACUGGGCACCAGCGCUGACUUUGGUGGCGGACUGGGCACCAGUGCUGACUUUGGUGGUGGACUGAGCACCAGUGGUGGCUUUGGUGGCGGACUGGGCACCAGCGCUGGCUUCGGUGGUGGCCUAAGCACCAGCUCUGAUUUAGGUGGUGGACUGGGCACCAGCACUGGCUUUGGAGGAGGACUGGGCACCAGUGCUGGCUUCGGUGGAGGACUGGGCACCAGUGCUGGCUUUGGUGGUGGACUGGUCACCAGUGAUGGCUUUGGUGGUGGACUGGGUCUGGGUACCAAUGCUGGUUUUGCCAGCACACUUGGCACUGGUGCAGGCUUUAGUGGUAGCCUCAGCACCAGUGAUGGCUUUGGUGGUGGGCCUAAUGCCAGCUUCGACAGAGGACUGAGUACCAUCAUUGGCUUUGGCAGUGGUUCCAACACCAGCACUGGCUUUACUGGUGAACCCAGCACUGGCACCGGCUUCAGUAGUGGACCCAAUUCUGUUGUUGGCUUUAGUGGUGGACCAAGCACUGGUGCUGGCUUCUGCAGUGGACCAAGCACUGGUGGCUUUGGUGGUGGACCAGGCACUGGAGCUGGCUUCAGCGGACCAGGCACUGGAGCUGGCUUCGGUGGUGGACUGAGCAGUAGUACUGGCUUCGGCAGUGGACUGAGCACCAGUACUGGCUUCGGCAGUGGACUGAGCACCAGUACUGGCUUCGGCGGUGGACCGAGCAGCAGUGCUGGCUUCAGUGGUGGACCGACCACCGGUGCUGGAUUCGGCAGUGGACCAAGCACUGGUACUGGCUUUGGUGGCGGAACCUCUAGCCUUGGUGCCUGUGGCUUCUCCUACGGCUAGUGUGGUUUCAGGUAUUACAGUAUUCUCAUAGCCAGGGCCUAUAGGCAUGGGUACAGUAGUUGGGAGAUGUUAGAGAAGCCCUGAGACGGGAGAGUUGAGUGGGAAGAUGAAGACAAGGAAAUACGAGAAAAGAGUGUAUUUGGUGCUAAAAUAGUGUUCCUGUUUUUUUUUUUCAGGUUUAUUCCCCUUGUUUACAGAUACCGCUAAUGAAUUGCAGCUGUUCUUUCCAUGGAGCUAUGGUACAGCCUUGGAAUCUUUGUCCACACAGCAGUCUAAGCAGC